AUUCCUUAAGCCGGUGAACAGAGACGAAGUCCCUGACUAUUACAACGCUAUUACUUCGCCAAUGGAUUUGUCAACCAUAGAAGAGAGACUAGAUAGCGAUUUAUAUGCUGCUCCGAAAGACCUGGUUGCUGAUCUGAAGUUGAUUUUUAGCAACUGCCGGCAGUACAACGACGCAACAACGGUGUACACCAAAUGUGCGGUCAGGCUGGAGAAGUUCAUGUGGAGUCUAAUCAAGGAGAUUCCGGAGUGAUUUGAUCUGCUCGAGAAGUAAUUAGCAAUUCAGUUGGGAGUUAAUUUUGUGGCUGAAUGAAGAGAGGAUUUGGCAAAGCUGAAAUCCAACACUGGCGGGUUUGGGUGUCCACACGUCAUCACGUAUGCGACCAGGAAUCAGUAUAUUGCUG